AUGGAGGAGAUCCGGGCAGCAAAGUAUCCGGACGUCAAAGACGAUCACAGCAAAGCAACUGACGAGAAAAUGAUGUCAAUUUAUCUGCAAAGUAUCAACGACAACGGAGAAUCAUGGCCUGAAGAGUUCAUGGAAGACAGAGACGUGUUCACCAAGAAUCCAAGCGAGGUUUUCGAAGCCGAGAACCCUUUCGUCGUAUUCGUUUACCCAAGAACAGAAGCCUGUGGUAGAACCGAUGGAUGCGGCUGUGGUGGCUGGAGGAUCAUAGGUCAUGAUAAACUGAUCAAAGACGAGGAUACUGGGAAGAUUCUAGGGUUCAAGAAGAUCCUCAAGUUCUGCGGAGAAACGCAAGCGAGAGGUUACAAGAGAACAUGGGUGAUGGAGCAGUACAGGGUUCCGAGUAAAUGGAACCCUAAGCAAGACCACGUUGUUUGCAAGAUUCAGCUUUUGUUCCAAACCGAGAUCAGUUUCUUGCUAGCCAAGCACUUCUCGUACUCAGCAGAUCCGCUUCCUGCAACGCAGUCGCUGACAGCUUAUGGAAUCCGUUUAGCCAAUCAACAAGACGAUGGUGCAUAUUAUCUGCAGGUGAUAUUUGAUUCUGGUGGAAACGAAUGGCCUUGCUACGUUACCAACGACAUCUACCGCGUGCAUCCAUCGACGCUUGUGGAUCAUGAAGAUAAGAGGUCUACAGCAUCUGGACUCUGCGUCUUCGCUAACCGAACAGAGGCUUGUGGUUACACCGACGGGUGUGAAAGCGGUCGCUGGAGGAUCGUGGAAGAGGAUAAUGCGAUCUUCUCGAUGAGCCAUGAGGUGAUGGGUUACAAGAGGGUCUUCAAGUUUUACGAAGAGGACAAAGGAAGAUAUUUUGAUAUUGUGGACGGAGAACAAGUGUUGAGAACCUGGAUUAUGGAAGAGUAUAGGCUUGUCGAAGACGCAAUGAAGGAUAAAGUGUUGUGCGUUAUCAAGCGAGGUCGGAGGUAA